AAAUGCCGGUUAUCAGCAUUAUUCUCCUCACGAGCUGUCACGCUGACAGCUCCAGAGGAGAGCUGCACUGAUGAUCAGUGUGCCCUGAUGAUCUGUGUAGCCCCAGCAGUGCCACCUGUUAGUGUCCAUCAGUGCCAUGUGUCAGUGCUCAUCCAUGCCACCUGCCAGUGCCCAUCAGUGCCACAUCAGUGCCACAUUUCAGUGCCUACCAGUGCACAUCAAUGCCACACAUCAGUGCCCAUCUGAGCUGCCUUUCAGUGUCACCCAUCAGUGCCAGUCAGUGCCACCUAUCAAUGCCAGUCAGUG